GGGCGAGGAGCGGGCACUGCAGAGCCGGCAGCGCUCCGGGUGCAACGCCCGAGCCUAGCCGGAGAAAGGGGGGCACCCGGGAGGGGAGGGGGGACGAUGCUAGUUGGCUGGGGGGGGAGGGAGGAGAGAGGGGGAGAAAAAAAAAGAGAAAGAGGAAAAAAAAGACAAGGUUCCCCCACACCCUCCUCCCUCCUCUGCCCGGUCCCUUCCAGCUCCUUCACACACACACACACCCGCACACACACACCCCAUUGAUCAAUAUUUGGCUGUCUUGCUGCAACUUGCUGCAGUCUUUUAAAGGAGUAGUAGAGAGAGAGGGAGAGAGAAAGGGGAACUGACAGGAAGGGGUAAGGAGCUACACAUGUCACAUGUGCUUUCUAAGACGGCCAGGAGCAUCUGCAGGCUGGAUCUGGUGGAGGAUGCUGCGGCAGGUGAUACACAGAGGGCUCCAGUCGUUUUUCUACAAGCUGGGCUUAUUCGUGAGCAGGCAUCCGGUGUUUUUCCUCACUGUGCCCGCAGUCCUGACCAUCAUCUUCGGCUUCAGCCUGCUCAACCGCUUCCAGCCUGACACUGACCUGGAGAGCCUGGUAGCCCCCAGCCACAGCCUGGCCAAGAUCGAGAGGAGCUUAGCCAGCAGCCUUUUCUCCCUCGAUCAAUCCAAAAGCCAGCUCUAUUCGGACUUGCACACCCCGGGGAGGUAUGGCAGGGUGAUUCUCCUCUCCAAACCCGGAGGCAAUAUUUUGCACCAGGCUGAUGUGAUCCUGCAGAUCCACCGAGCCGUGCUGGAAAUGAAGGUGAACUACAAAGGCUAUAAUUAUACUUUUUCCCAUCUGUGUGUGUUGAGAAAUCAGGAUAAGAAAUGCGUGCUGGAUGAUAUUAUUUCAGUGCUAGAGGAUCUGAGGCAGGCUGCCCUCUCCAAUAAGACAACAGCCAGGGUGCAAGUGAGCUAUCCCAACACUAAAUUAAAGGAUGGAAGGAGCAGUUUUAUUGGCCACCAGCUCGGAGGGGUCAUGGAAGUGCCAAACAGCAAGGACCAGAGAGUUAAAUCAGCCAGAGCCAUCCAAAUCACUUACUACCUCCAAACGUAUGGCUCUGUCACCCAGGACCUCAUUGGGGAGAAGUGGGAGAGUGAAUUCUGUAAACUGAUGCACAAGAUGCAGCUAGAUCACCAAGAUCUGCAGCUCUACUCACUAGCAUCCUUCAGCCUCUGGAAGGACUUCCACCAGACAAGUCUCUUGGCCAGGGACAAGAUUUUGGUGAGCCUGAUGCUGAUUCUCCUGACUGCUACCCUAUCGAGCUCCAUGAAGGACUGCCUGCGUAGCAAACCUUUCCUGGGACUCUUGGGAGUACUCACUAUCUGUAUUUCCAGUGUCACUGCGGCAGGGAUAUUUUUCAUUACUGAUGGAAAAUAUAAUUCUACUCUGUUGGGAAUCCCUUUCUUCGCUAUGGGUCAUGGAACCAAAGGAGUGUUUGAACUUCUCUCAGGAUGGCGUCGAACCAGAGAGAAUCUGCCAUUCAAGGACAGAGUAGCAGAUGCCUACUCAGAUGUCAUGGUCUCCUACACAAUGACAAGCUCCUUGUAUUUCAUAGCCUUUGGCAUGGGUGCAAGUCCUUUCACCAACAUCGAAGCUGUAAAAGUCUUUUGCCAGAACAUGUGUGUCUCCAUCCUGUUGAACUACUUCUAUAUCUUCUCCUUCUUUGGCUCCUGCCUGGUCUUUGCUGGCCAGUUGGAGCAGAACCGUUAUCACAGCAUCUUCUGCUGCAAAAUCCCUUCAGCAGAAUACCUGGACAGAAAACCUGUGUGGUUCCAGACCAUGAUGAACGAUGGCCAUCAGCAUACUUCUCACCAUGAGACUGACCCUUACCAGCAUCACUUUAUCCAGCAUUUCCUCCGAGAGCAUUACAAUGAGUGGAUUACCAACAUAUAUGUCAAGCCAUUUGUGGUGAUACUUUAUCUCAUCUAUGCCUCUUUCUCCUUUAUGGGGUGCUUACAGAUUAAUGAUGGAGCCAACAUUAUCAACCUUCUUGCCAGUGAGUCUCCAAGCGUCUCCUAUGCCCUCAUACAACAGAAGUAUUUCAGCAACUACAGCCCAGUGAUAGGUUUUUACAUUUAUGAACCUCUUGAGUACUGGAAUGGCACUGUGCAAGAAGACCUAAAAACAAUAAGCCAGGGGUUCAAUACAGUGUCCUGGAUUGAGCAGUAUUACCAGUACCUUCGUGUGGGUAACAUCAGUGCAACCAAUAAAAGUGACUUUAUCAGCAUUCUCCAGAGCUCCUUUUUAAAAAAGCCAGAAUUUCAGCACUUCAAAAAUGACAUUAUUUUCUCCAAAGCUGGAGAUGAGAACAAUAUAAUUGCUUCUCGUUUGUACCUUGUGGCCAGGACUAGUGAAAACACACAGAGGGAGGCAAUAGAAUUGUUAGAGAAGCUGAGACCCCUCUCUCUUAUACAGAGCAUCAAGUUCAUUGUGUUCAAUCCUACUUUUGUUUUCAUGGACCAUUACGGUUUGUCAGUAACUAUGCCUGUCCUGAUUUCUGGUUUUGGCAUCCUGCUGAUGUUAAUACUGACUUUUUUCCUGGUUAUCCAUCCUCUGGGAAAUUUCUGGUUAAUUCUCAGUGUCACCUCAAUAGAGCUGGGUGUCCUUGGCUUGAUGACUUUAUGGAAUGUAGACAUGGAUUGCAUUUCUAUAUUGUGCCUUAUCUACACUUUGAAUUUUGCCAUAGAUCACUGUGCACCCCUGCUUUAUACAUUUGUACUAGCUACUGAGCACACCCGAACUCAGUGUAUAAAGAACUCCCUCCAAGAGCAUGGGACAGCCAUUUUGCAGAACGUUUCUUCUUUCCUUAUUGGGUUGGUCCCCCUUCUCUUUGUGCCUUCAAACUUGACCUUCACACUGUUCAAAUGCUUGCUGCUUGCCGGCAGUUGCACACUUCUGCACUGUUUUGUUAUUUUGCCUGUCUUUCUAACCUUUUUUCCACCUUCCAAAAAGCACCACAAGAAAAAGAAACGAGCCAAAAGGAAGGAACGAGAAGAGAUCGAAUGCAUAGAGAUUCAGGAGAAUCCUGAUCAUGUUACAGCGGUUUGAAAGGCUUAGUAAAAAUAGUAAUAUAUUCUCUUUUUAAAAAAGCAUUGCACAGAGAUGCAGGGAAAAUAGAGCAAAGAUCUCAGCUGCUUGUGCUGGCCAGGUCUGACAAGGCAAAGGAAGAUCAAGAAGGGGUAUUCAUGACACAUCAAGGUGCAAACUUUUUUUAACAAAAAUAAUGAAAGUAAAAUUGAUCUCAAAUAUUUCCUUUGGAUCCUCAUCCUUCACCAGGGAAGAGUCUGUUAGCCAUUAAAUGUUCCUGAAUCUCAAACUGUAGUUCUAAUGGAUAUUGCUCGAUCUGUCAUAAUGAAGUAAAGGUAAAAAAAAAAAAAAAAAGAAAAAAAAAAGGAGUUACAAUUAAGUAAAAAGUAGAGAAAGAGGCAGAUUUGUUUGAUAAAAAUUGUCCAAAAACAUUUCAAAUGAGAAAAGGGAACAUGUCCAAGAAAGAUAAAAAAAAAAUGCCAUGCUAUAUUUUUCUUAUUUUCUUGAGAAGCUGGUUAAGAUGAAACCUAUGCACUUGGGAAGUAGAUGUUUAAACCAACCUAAGCCAAAGUACUUCCCAAUUAUAGUAUACCAUGUAUACCUGUAACACCACAAUUAGAGUGUUAUUGUGAAUAUGGAUGGCAAGGUUACAGAGUUUAGGUAUAGAAGUACUGUUUAUAUAAGAGAAGAAAUAAUCAUAGCCAUUUGGAAAUUUAAAGUUUAGUUUCUUUAAAUGUAACACAUGACUUUUAUCCCACAAUGUUACAGCUGGUGGUUAACACCAUGCUUACAUUUUUGGUAAUUUCAAAUUGUGAAAUUCCCCUUGAAAUAACAGAUCUCACAAAACUAAAGGCCAUCACUACUGCAGCAGUAUUUGCAGUUCCUGCAGUGUAACACUUGUGAAUUCUAAUUUCUCAGUGUUGACAUUAAAUACUGAAUAUUAAUCAAGCAGGCACUUUAAAUGUGAUGAUAGAUUGCAUAUCACAGGAAUAAUGUGAUUAUGUAAAAUCUGAGUCAGCUCUGGAGCACCUGUACAGUAUUAUCAUUAUAUGUUUGGUCCAGUGGACAAAGGUAUAUGUUUGCUGGUACUUGCAAUAUGCUGCAGAAAGUGGGAUUUUCCCCUUCUUUAAGCAAAACAUCAGUCAAACACCUGGCACACACAAAAAGACCUUGUUCAGGUUUGCAUGGGGAUGAAUCACCUCCUGGUUGUAAAAGGACAGAUUGGUCCCCUGUGGGAAGGGGAGGGUGAAAUGUCUUUGUUAUUAUUAUUCCUAAAUAUUUGAGUGUUGAUUACCUGCAACAUAAAGCUUUGUUAUGGCAUUUGAAAUUUCACAGGAGAGUGCAGUAAAUCCGCAGUCACUAUGUGACACUAGAAAUCAUACUGUAAAGAACUAUGAAUGACUUUCUUUGCUUUGUAAACUAUACAGCUUAAAAGCCCAAGAGAAGAGAUGAAAAUAGAUCUAGUGAUUUCUGUCUGCUCUUUGCUCAGUUCUGCACUGGAGCUUGCCAUGUCCAUCUCUCCUUUCAGCAUUUUAAAAGGGCUUGCAUUCUACUCUCUGGAAUAUGGUAUAUCAUCACCUACAUGAGCAAGGUCUUCCUGAACAUAUAGUAUCCAUGAGGACACUAUGUAAAGAUAUCACUAUAUGGAGUGUUUAUGUCUACUCUGUAUUAUUUGUUGGUACUUUUAAAAGAUGUCUGGAAGCUUUCUGCUUUCCAAAAUGUGUAUACUUGUCUAUUGUGGCUGGUUAACUCAGUCUCAAACCUGCAGAGCUUGCUGAUGAGGGUGUGUACAUGUGUUUUACUAAAAAUCCCUCUACAAGAAGCUGAUUCUUUGCUAUGUGACAUCUCGUCUCUUCCUGCUGUUUCAUGGUUAGGGAGAGCCAGAAAUAAUUCAGAUGCAGCACAAAAAAGCCAUUUGAAUGCCAGUUCUAAUAUUUAUUAGCUGCUUUUCUUUCCAAGAAAUGCAGUUUCCCUCUUCUCUACGCUUUCUGUACUUGACCAUUACCAUUUGCAAAAAUGACUUCUGUGUUUUAAGAGUGGUCAAAGGUCUUGAUUCUUCAAGGAACCUUUUGUGUGCAACAUCUUGGAGAAAGAUAAACUUUCUAGAUAAGCAAUGUUGCAAAGUUUGAAUCCAGAUCAAAACUUCAGGUCUAGCUAGAUCAAGGUUACUGGUUUGACCUAAGAUAUUCAAGGGCAAGCUGAAAAACUGAGAUCUUAAGGGUUUAGUAAGGUUUAGGAGCAGGGAAUGUUUUCACGUUGGGUUAUGGCUGAGAUGCAUCUCUAGUUGGGAGGUAUUUGCCAACCUUGAUCUGCAUCUUAAAGACAUUGUGCAAUAUACAUCAUUUUUAGAACAGGUGGUUCUGAAUGUCAAGCUUUCUGUAUAUCUUCUUACACUUCCUCCACUGCCCAUACAAAACAUGGGUUGCUAGACCACUGUGCCCCUUGGGUAUUACUUCUGGAUGUGUCACAGAUGAAGUUGCUGGUCUUCUCUUGUACUACGCAGAUGUAUCCCAGGGAUCUCUGUCAUGCAUUGUACUGAAAAAAGUAGCAUCUUCUAAAGCCAUCAAAGCCAGGAUUCAUCUCAUCUAACUUUGCACACUGCAAACGUAGACAUUUAUACCUGACCUUCCUUUACGACCAAAGGAGAAGGACAGACACUUCUGACCCAUCUUACAGCUGUUCAUUAAGCAUGAAUGAAUUGCACUUUAAAAAAUAUCUAUUUUUCUGUCCAUCGGUAAUAAAGGAAGCUCAGCAUGAGAAGUUGAGACACAGACAUCAGCAAUGCAGACUCAACCAGAUUUGGUGAAAUUAAACCCACUUAAAACAACCAAAUAUCAAGUGAAAGAGAAAAAAAAAGAAAAAUAAAAAUAGAAACUGGCCUCCUAAUCAUCUAUUUUAGGGAUAAAUCCCAGGAGUAACUCAGCUCAGAUUUUAUGUUUGACUUACGAAGUUUCUAUUUUUCAAAAAUUGCCUAGCAGAAGAUGAUGAGCUAAGUCGGAAGAUGUCAAUACUGAAGGUGGGCUUACAUAAAUGAGUUAGAGUUUGAUGAGAUGUCAAACCAGCUUCUCUCUCAAUAUCAAUGUAAUGCAUGAGCAAUAACACUUGUGUAUACCAGACACAAGAUAUAUAGAUUACACCCUGGGAACAGAAGUUUUUUAUUUCUAUGUCAAUGCUGGAGUGGAGCAGAAAACAAACCAGAUCUUCUAUGGAUGUCACUUUAUUACUUUAUUUAUGAACUGUUCUCUGGAUUCACCAAGAAAAGUUAUUGCAGCUGUUACUCCUGCAGAUACAUCACUCUUUUUGGAACAAGGAAAACUUCGAUAUGAAGCUACAAAAAAGAACAUUUUCUUCUAUAAUUCAGUUCAUAUUGGAAUCAUUUGGGGAUGGGGAGUUUGUAUUUUUCUUUUUUUUUUUUUUCUUAUUUUGCUUUCAGUUUUUUUCAGUGAAUUCUACCCUUUUCUGCAUCACCUUUUCAGUUCAGCUGCAGCUACAUAAGCACUGGUACAGAGAGGACAUAGCCCAUGUAAAUCAAUUUGACACUCUGUUACAUGCUGCACACUGGGUCUUCAUUAUAUCCUUUUUUUUUCCCAGUUACCAUAAGUCCUUGGGGUAUUGAACAUAUUCCUUUAAAGUCUGGUUUUAUAUAUGGUCUACAUAAUCUGCCAAGAACCCUGUGUGCAUUUCCUACCUGUUUUGGUUUCAUUCCCUCAAAGUAUAUUGGUUAGAAUUCAUUGUUGAGAUAACUCUGUUGAAGUCAACAGAUUUAUUGCCACAAUAUAUCUGGCUUUGCAUGCUUUCUAUCUAGUAAGAAGUGAAAUCAUGACGAACCUCUUUCUUACAUUGUUGAUAUGACUGUUGAACAUUAUAUCUGUUUAUAGCCAUUGUUGCAUGCUGCAUUCAGGAGGCUGUAGUGAACGUAUAUUUCUGUAUUUUUUUCUUUACCCUUUCUCGUGUGGUCUGUUUUAACUUUUGUUAAUCUAUUCCUCCUUCUUUUUCAUUAGAGUUAAGUCUUCACCUCUGCAGUCCAGUACUUGAUGUUUCGUAAACUUAUUGCUUAAGAAAGCAACAUGCUUUUUAUGGCCAAGAUAAGUAUGGAUGCAUGGCACCUUGCAUGUACAAUUUAAAGACAUUAUUUUCAGGGUUAUUGUUCUCAAUUGUUUACUUAAAAAACAAAAAAUCCUUUUUAGGAUGUGACCUGCCACAUGCUAAUAUUGAUUUGGGUUCGCUUCAACAAUUCUAGUUUUGAAAUUUUCUCCAGUGGGGAGAAACAGAACCAGGGGAGAAGGAGGAAAUAUGCAGUAAAAUAGUUGUGUAAUCAGUGUUGUUUUUUCCCAAAAGGCUUUCACUGCUCUAUUCUUAAUUAAGUCACACUGAGUAGUGACUCUCACAUAAUUAAGAUUUAUUCCAAUGGAGUUACUCCAUAUUUCACUGUGAUAAGAGCUUGGCUUAUUGUCUUUAUGCAAGUACCAUGCUAAGUCUCUUUGAUUAAUUUCUCUGUAAUUAUAAACUUUAAUAAGUUCUUUUUCAUUGCAACACUAGGUUUUGAGUACCUCAAGCUCUCAUGUGAUAUCCUAGGAAACACCAAAAGGAAGCAAAUUUAGGUAGUUUGUGAGCAAGUGACAUGUGGUAGUGCUGGGGAGAAGGGAUAUUUCACAAAGAGGGAGCAUAUCCUCCAACAGGUUUUAAAUAGAAAAUACGUUAAGACUAUCUCAGAAAAUUAAGGUGAAGCGGACACCAAGCAAAACAUGUUUUUUGGGAGGUAGUGUAACCAAAUUAUAGACAGACAAAACUUUGAUUAUUCCUCCAUACCAUCUUACCCAAACAAGAAGGCAUCUGAACAGGGAGGACACUGAAUAUGGGAAGAAUCUCAUCCAUUACCUAAAAAGCUUCUUCUCACUGUAGUCUUGUACAAACCAGUCUGUACACAUUCACAGACCAAGUGUGUGCAGAUUGUUUCACUUCAGCAUGGGCCUCUCCAUGACCUGUUUUCCAUUUAUGGCAACGUAAGGAUCCCAUCUUGGGUUUCAGACACCCCUGGGGAGAAGGGGAUGAGAUUCAGAGCUGCUUCUUCACCUGAAAAAGCUGUGAAUGAGAACUGAAAAGCGCACACUAUGCUGCAAGCAUAGGUGGUGCAUGUCCCUGUUGUUCGCUCUCUGCCUUAUAAGCAGCAACAUCACAGCCUCCUGGAGAUAUGCAGAAGUACCUAUCAGGAACUGAGUGCCAUAAUUCAUAAUUUCCCCAGGAGUAAUCUGGAAUUUACGAUCACAGCAGCUCACAAGCAUACACUUCUGACCAGGAAGAGUUUAGGGGCUUUUUUUAGAGGUGUUCUUUGAAACAUCCUCAUUUGUCAUUACAGAGCUCCAUACAUCACCUCACCUGACCAACACUGGAGAGGUGCAACCGCUUCUUCCAAAACAUCAUUCAGGUAGAAGGAAGUUUUCUGGAAAUUUUUCCUUUUAAUCCUCAAGGCCUUCUUUACCCAAACUCUUUCUACCUCCUUCAUGGUUUAAAAACAAGGAUCCAAUGUGAAACUCAGAUGCUCCUCCUACUCAUAGGAUGAAACGUCAUUGCUUCGCCACAAAGUUGAGGUAUACUGUGGGUUUCAGGCCAAACAUGGGGAUAUGGCCUUCUUUCCCAGACAGACAAUCAACAUCCUCCUAAAAACAAACAAAUGUGAAGCAGUUUGGAAUUUCAUCUUUCCUUGCUUGUUUCCUCUCUGACAUACCAAUAUACCCACAACACUAUUCUCAUUUUCUUCUUGCUUCCUCAUUAAAGAAAAUGAAGUUUCUCUUUCCUGCUCCCCAAGGCUAUCUUUCCUUUGCAGCUCAACUUGUUUUGUAUUUUAAUCUUCUGUGUGUGCUCUCAACCUCUUCAAAAUUUUCCUAUUUAUUUUUUAAGACUCUGAGAGCAUAACCCUGUUGACAUAAAUGGAAGAUGCUUGGAUGCAUCAAAGUGCAGACUCUGGUACAGACUUAACUAAUUUAUAGCAGCACCUAAAUAGCUAAAAACUUUCCUCAGAGAGAAAAUUGUCUGUAAGAAAACUUAAAAAAUAUUUAACCCUAAAUUUCCAUUUUCCUACAUUUUUUAUCUCAUAAACUUCUGCUCUUCCUGGUUCUUUUUUACUGUAGGCUUUGCUUCCUACUGCAUGCUUUUAUCACAGAAAUGCCUAGACUUUAGCUCCAUUUCUGUCUCAGAAACAAAAAUAAAUGAGCAUUUCCUCAAAAAGAAAAUAUUGCCCCUGCUUGGAACAUUUUGUGCCAAGUUUCUGUUCUGAACACAUUUUCCAGGCUGAAUGGAAACAAGUAUUUUAGUAGAAAUGCUGAUACAAACUUAACUAGAGAAAAAUUAUUUGUGCCUCAGCAGUGUCCUGCUUUACUUUACUUCAGCACCUCUACAGCACCCUGAUGGAUACUCCAGGCAGUAUUUCUAAAACAGAUUGAUAAUGGGCUCCCCAUAAUUAGCAAGACCACUAUUUUGGCAAUAUCAGCUGCAGAGUUCUCUGGAGCACACAUCAGAGCCUACCCUGAUUAUGUAUGAAAAUCAUUAACAGAUUAGCACAGCUUUUGCUGGAGAAGGGACAUAUCCCAACAGUAAGGUAGUGUGGCAGCCCUCUGCUGUAAGCCUGCUUCUCAGUUUCCCAGCUGCAUGUUGGAUAUUGCACUCAAUUCCUCUGUAAAGGACAAAAAGUAUAAUUUUUCUUUCAAUAAGCACUUGAGAAUUGGACAAGAAAUAUUUUAGAUUUAGUCAUGGAUGGAGACUUUUUACAUGGGAAUUUAUAUAGGCAUGUCACAGAAUCACAAAAUUAUAGAAUGACAGAAUGUUGAAUUUGGAAAGGACUACCAGAGGUCACCUAUUCCAACCUCCCUGCUCAAGCACAGUCACAUAGAACACAUAACUCAGGAUUGUGUCCAUUUGGCUCUUGAAUAUCUCCAGGGAAGGAGGCUCUACAGCCUCCCUGGACAACUAAUUUCAAUGCUCAGCAGCCCUUACAGUAAAGAAGUUCUUUCUUAUGUUCAGUCAACUAAAUAGAUAUUGAUCCAAAGAAUUUUUCUUCUAUUUCUCUUGCAAUUCUGUCAUGACACUUCUUCGAUCUUAUUUCCUGCCAUCAAUGAGGACUGAAUAUUUUUUACACUUAUCACACUGAAAAUGAUCUCUGAGCUACAAAAACAUUUUCUCUGCAAAAAGCGGACUUUGGCUUAAAGGAAACUCCGUUGGUUUCAAAAGUAUGUCAAAGGAAAUGUUGCAGCAUCUGGCACAGCAGUACCAGUAGUACGUACCUAUUCAGACCACAGGCCCUAAUUCCCAAUGUGUAGACCCAAAUUCUAACUAUGUAAAACUUGUGAAAUGUGCGAUUUUGUCUCUGCAGAAAAAGAAGAGGUAGUUGCAAAAUUCAGUUCUGUGACCAGAUCAACUUUCCACAAUGAAGUGUGAAAGAAAUGAGUGACCAAGGUGCCAGCUUAGCUGGCAUUAUUGUACCUGUGCGAGAACUUCAAAGAGGGCUUAGGUAGCUGUGAAAGCCUAAACAGUGACAGUAUCUAGCCCUGAACAAGAAUUUGUUCUCUUCUCACUACCUUAGAGAGCCACAUGUAUAAAAACAAACCGUUACCGAACAGCACCAUGAAUCCCAAUCUAAGUCCUGGGCAUGAUAAAGUCAGUUGAAGCACAGAACUUAGGGUGCAAUCAAGGCAGUUGGUCUUAUAGGUUAUUCCAGGUUUUGUAACUACAAAGGUAUUGGAAUUUAAUAUUCUAAACUAUUAAAUACCUAGGGAUGUUCUUGGCAUAGCUUUGGUCCAGAAAAGCAGUGCUGGCAUGAUCCAGGGACCAUUCUCACCAAACAGCUUUUUGCAGUUCCCCAUCUUUUAGACUACAGGAAUAUUUAAUAUUAUGGACAGACAGCCCAUGUCAGCAUCAUUCAAGGCCUCAGCACAACUCCUGUCAUUGCUUGGUUUACCAGCAAAGUUAUAACUUUAAACACCAAUGCAGCCUAUAUUCAUACUAGUAUUCCACUUCUGAAGAUCUUAAUCUGGCAAAGCACUCAAGUAAGUGAUGUAGUUUAAUCAAAUUCUUAAAUCUCACAGACCAGGGCAUCUUGAAAUUUAAGCAUGCAUAUAAGUAGUGAAAUAAAUAGGGAUGCACUUAUCUCUCUGUGCUUCGACUUAAAUUUGAGAUUUACAGAAAAAAAGGCCUUAAAAGAAAAUGUCUUUUCCCCAUAACAUACUAAAUCCUGCAAUUACAGUAGCAAUUUCACAAUAUAUAUAAAGACUGUGCCAAGAACAUAUAUUUUUCAGGGUUUUAAUUUCCCUGAUGUGAGACAUCUCAGGGACAUUUUAGUGAUUUGUUACAAUCGUACAACACUCAGGCAAGAGCAAAGUUUUGCUGAGCACUUUUCCUGGAAAAAAUACCAAGAUAUUUGACUCAGAAUUAGCAUACAGGAUUUGAUGAUGUUAAAGCUCAUUUCCUCAAGAGAAAAAAAUAAAAAAGAACAUUUCAUUUAAUGUAAUUCAUUAGUUCUUUCAAGUGAUACUCUGGAGAAGUGCUGGAUAUGCCCUUAUAAUGGAGAAGAGAGGGAUUGCUUGAAGUUGAAUUCAGCUUUGCCAAUUAC